AUGCACCACAGAAGGCAAAAACCCAAACAAGGAAUUGACACCAUGAAUGCCCAGAAAGGAGAUAAGGAUCGGCAAAGAGAGAAUCACUGCAAAAGAAAGAAAAACUAG